UUGCGAAUUACUAACCGGGUGACAAUAUCCACUGCUUUGCCUCGAAACUUUCUUGCAGCGGUGAUGCGAUUAACAACUUGUCAAUCCACUUUCCCGACGAGGUGUCCACAGCUUUUCUUUCUGAGUGUCCAUAGCCUUUCUUGUUGGGUGUCCGUAAGGAACAAGUCUUAUCAGGGCUCUAAUUUUAUAGUGACGUUAACGUCAAGCGACGCUAGUGCCCCCACUGCGGCAGAUCCCCCACCCUCAAAAGGCGUGUCCCGAAAUGAUACUACCUUUUUCCCUGUCUUUUGGUGCCCCGAGAUCCUCAUUCUCUGGCGCGUUGAUCGCGAUGCUGCCAUUUCCUACCGGAAUAACAUAUGGAGCUUAUUUCUUCUCAACAAUUCUCUGCGCUAUGCUCUGGGGAGUGUCUUGCGUGCAAACCUUUUCGUAUUUCACCCGUUAUGUCAGAGACGAUCGAUGGCUGAAAACUGUGGUUGCUGUUAUAUUUACGAUGAGCGCCGUACAGACAGCGCUGAUAGUGCAUGGAGCGUACGCUUACCUAGUCAUUUAUUCUGGAGAUUUUUUAUUUUUUGAAAUGGUCCUUCCGGUCUCCUCAACCGGGUUUCUCCUCUCGGCCAUUGUUUCUGUUUGUGUACAAGGAAUAUUUGUCGUCAAAGCACAUAGACUCAGUGAGACGAGAUCAAAGGUACUCCCCUCGCUCUGGAUCCCUUUGGCUCUUUUUGAACUCGGGGCUGCAAUUUAUUGCAUGGCUAAGAGUUUUCAAGGAGGGGACAAUCUUUUCUUUACCGCAUCGCUGAAGGUGAUAAUUAAAGGCCAAUUCUAUCUCAUUUAAUGCAACCUCACCUUCAUUGAAAGGGAGUCGUGGCUUCUUAUCUCGCCGUCAUGGCCUUUGUUGAUAUUGCGAUCGCAUUUUUUUUGGCCAAAUAUUUGCGUAUGUUGCACAGACAAGCCAUGACGUUUGCGUAAGUUCUCUUCUGGAAGAAGCCUGACUCUUGCUAAACACCUUGUUCUUGUGA